AGUGCGUGGAGGUGCAGGUACCCGUUGCGACGUUUUUUCGUACAGACUCGUCGCACCGUGUGUCAUCCCUCGUCUUUACAAAUUGUCGUAGUGCAAUGUCCGCGUAACCUAACAAUUCGUAAAUCAACGAACCAACGGCAAACAUCGUCAACGGAGACAAGAUAUCAUUUGACUUGAAAGUGCGAGAGAAUAACCGCCACCACGACGUCCAUAGGGCAGCCGACUGUUGGGCAGACGCCUGCGGGCCCCGGCCCACGUCAACCCCAGCAGCAGCCCAGCAGCGGCAUGGAUAGGAGAAAAUUGUCUACAUCGGGGGAUUCCCUGUAUGUCAUUCUAGAAUUGCCAAAAACUGCCACACCUGAUGAUAUAAAAAAAAAUUAUAGGAAAUUAGCUCUUAAAUAUCAUCCUGACAAAAAUCCUAAUAAUCCAGAAGCUGCUGAAAAGUUCAAGGAACUUGCAAGGGCAAAGAAUGUAUUAUCUGAUCUGACCAAACGUAAUAUAUAUGACAACUAUGGGUCACUUGGACUGUAUGUGGCAGAGCAGAUUGGAGAAGAAAAUGUCAAUGCGUACUUUGUCAUCACUUCUAAAUGGACAAGGAUGUUCUUCCUUUUCUGUGGUAUUAUUACUGGCUGCUACUGCUGUUGCUGUUUCUGCUGCUGCUGUAAUUUUUGCUGUGGCAAGUGCAAACCUACACCUCCAGAAGACUCCACAGGGUAUCACAAUCUCCAGCGGGACCAGAAUAAUCCGGAAGGCGAAGUUAUAACAAAUCAACCGCAAAGUUCUAACCAACGCAUGAUUACGUGGUCGUCACGCGAUACUGACAUGUCGCCAAGCCGAUCUCCGCACGAGGAGGAGGGGGAGGAGAGUGACCCGGACUUGAUAACGACUCAACCGCAGAGCAACGCAUCGCAGGGGCCGGGUGCGCAGCCGAUGGUGUUCGCGAUGCCGCCACCUCAGGCUGACGAGAACACCAACCUCAACCGGGGAUCGCAGCCCGUCUACACCCCCGCGUCAACAAAUCCAUUCGCAAAUCCCGACAUGACAAGCAGCGCCGGCAAGUGGUAGUCAGCGAGCCCAAGUUCUUGAGACGUCGAGGAAGCAGCAUCUGCAAAAGGAAGAAUGGACGCAGUCGCGCGAGCAUUAUAUUCAUAAUUUAACGUGAACAAAGAAUGGAAGUGCUGAACCAAGAGUCAGACCUCUAGAUAGCUCGUCUCCCUUUUUUUUCCCCCUCCCCGCCCGUUAUAUCGUACUCAACAAUCAUCGGCAACGAUCUCGACGAGGACGCGCUGGUGUCGAGUGAACGAUUCCAAAAACAACGUGUUAAAUUGAUACUCGAUUUGGCCGCGCGCGCGUCAACGUCGCGAAGAACGCCGAGGAAGAUAUUACCUUUCCUCCGAGACACCUUACACCGGCGGCCGCGGCGAUAGCGAUUUGUAAUUAUCGCGCGAGACACAUGACGCCUACGCUAUCUGCGAACUUGCGCUCGAGGAGCUGUCUGCGCCUCGGGAUCUCCGGUUAUAAUCACGUUCAAGUACGAGACUUCGCCGUGCCCUACUUCUAUUUUUUUUUUUUUUUUCUGUUUUACGUUUUGCUCAGCGACCACGUCCACGAUGAACGAACUAUUGAAAUUUAAAGAUUUGUCUAUUGUAUUUCCGUUCGAAGAAUCUCUUGAAUGUCGAUUUUCGAGAGAAAUAUGUACUCGUGCAUCAAAUAUUACGUAGUAUAAUCUUACAUUUGCGAAUUCCUGUAAAAUUUGAAUUCACUUACCUCUGAGUGUAACGACUUGCAAUCGUUAAGAAAUAUCGUCGAUUUCCUCGUAAAGAAAGCAAAUCGUAAUGUUCGUUUCAAAGCCAAUAGCCGUUGAUUUCUACUGUGCUCGCAGCGAGUAACGAGGUAGAUUUCUACCUUUUCGGCUCAGAUUCUAUUCUUUUCAUAUGUAUCGCCGUAAUUAUUCUGACAUUUGCCGAACAUCUGUAUCUGUUUCCGAGGGCAUCAACCUUGGCUCUGAUGAAAAAUUGCGUAACGAAUACUUCUGUAAUGCGUUAAUAUGUAUAUGUAUUAGAAAUGAGUAGUACACUUACAAUUCACACAUACACGCAUACACACACUGACACAGUGCUGUGAAGUGACACAAAGCAAAGGACAUAAAAAAGUACUUGAAGAAAAAAAACCUUUUUAUAAAUAACUGUACAAUUACAAUAGUAGCGUUUCCAUUUCACUCAAAUUGGUACAUAGAAAGAGAUUUUGCAAAUAAUCAAGACAAAUGAAAUCUUGUAGCCGUAACUAUGCGCUUCAGCUAUAAGUUUCACCAAUGCAAGCCGCGCUUGGCUUGCACUCAAUUUUGCCUACUUGAAACGCAUUGAAAUAACGUAAUCUAGCAGACAAAUGGAACAUGAUCCAUCGAUUUGCAUCGCUCUGUAAAUGUGAAAGUGCGAAGUGUACAUAUUCAACGAUACAACGCUUGCAAUUAGGUUGAAAGCGCGCCCUCCGAAACGCGAUUUCCGUAUCUCCUGCAAUUAGUAACGCACUACCACGAGCUCCCGAUGCACGCUGUUAACAAUUCGCGCCGCUCAAUUUUUCAUUUAACCCGAUGAGUCGGUUCUCCUCAGCGCGUGUUAUCUUUGCCCGAGUACAUCGUGAAACGAGCCAUUGUGCCUCCAAACGUACGAAAUGCGUUCUUCGCGCACGAGGCACCUGUCCGACCGAAAUCGCGACGGCAUUGGCAUUGAUUCAAUUACUUGCAAUUCCAUUUCGCUGGCGCCCGGCAGCAUUUCAAAAUGAAAAGGAAAACAAUCGAAUUGUAUACACAUUUCCAACUCUACGAGUUAAAAUACUUUCAUAGGUAGUGAAUAUAUUUUUAUUGGGGUUUACAAAGUUGAUAAAAAUAUAUUUAUUGUAGUUUAAUGAGAGUUUAAUGAAAUCGUUCGUGUAUGUCAUUUUUGUCAAACGUUACUGUUGUUAUCGAUUUAUUUGUGCAUACGCAUUUAUUCCCCGUCGACCAUUAUAUUCUACUCGUAUUUACGUACAGCAGCACGGUUAUUUGUUUGGAACAACUGCUCGACAAGAAGGCAAAUUCCGGAAAAUCCACUUGGAACACUGUUCAUUCUAUGCUUGACAGAAUUGCACGGCCACGUGCCCGAAUUCCACAACUUAGCUAUUCAAAUAAUAAUUAUAUUCAUGCGCGAUCAAAGAGAUACUUGAAGUGAAAAGGAAAAGUCAUGUAUCGAAACGCUCCAAAACACGGGGCGUGAUGUUAUGAGAAUGGAAAAAAAACGAUAUUUAUCACAUUAAACGGUGACUAUAAGGCUCUGAAAUGUAUGACAAGUGAAAAAAAAAUGUAAAUAAAUUUAGAUUGCAUCCAA